AUGGGAGAUACAAAUGUAUCAUAUUUUGAAGCAAACACAAUUCCUUCAACUAGUAGAACACCAGUUUCUAUAGCAAUGGCUACUGCAGAAAAGCCUGAAAAGUUUACUAUUAUUGACUUCAAAUGUUGGCAGCAGAAGAUGUUCUUCUAUCUGACUACACUCAGUCUACAACGAUUUAUCAAUGAAGAUGAUCCUGUGAUAGAGGAAGGAACUCCUGAAAAUGAAAAGUUUAUUGUGACUAAGGCAAGGACACAUUUUGAUUUCCUUUGCAAGAACUACAUACUCAAUGGAUUGGAAGAUGGCUUGUAUAAUGUUUUCAGUAAUUGUAAAACCUCUAAAGAACUCUGGUAUGCUCUUGAGAAGAAAUAUGAAACUGAAGAUGCAGGUUUAAAGAAGUUUGUGGCUGCAACAUUUUUGGACUAUAAGAUGGUUGAUAGCAAGAUUGUCAUGUCUCAAAUCCAAGAACUACAAGUCAUUAUUCAUGAUCUUCUGGCAGAAGAUAUGAUCAUAAAUAGAACAUUUCAAGUAGUGGCAUUAAACGAGAAACUACCUCCUUCAUGGACAAACUUCAAAAAUUAUUUGAAGCACAAGCGAAAGGAGAUAACUCUUGAAGACUUGAUUGUUCGUCUCAGGAUCCAGGAAGACAACAAGGCUGCCAAGAAGAAUGCUAGAAGAAACUCAAAAUUUAUGGGAGAAAAUAUUGAAAUCCUAAAAUGGUGGCUUGAUUCAGGAGCCAUGUCACAUGUUUGUGCGGUCCGAAAAGACCUCGCUACUCAUUCCCAUGCUGCUCCUAACGAGACUAUCUAUAUGGAAAAUUCUGCAAUGGCUAAGGUUGAAGGAUAUGAGCGUCAAAUAUUCAAAGAAGCUAUGUCCGCUGUGGGCUCAUCCUAUUGGAAAGAGGAUGUCAAUAGUGAGAUUGAUUCAAUCUUGAGUAACCAUCCUUGGAAAUUGGUUGAUCUUCCUCUAAGAAACAAACCUUUGGGCUCAAAAUGGAUUUUCAAAAGAAUGAAAGCUGAUGGAACUAUUGACAAGUACAAGGAAAGACUUGUCGUCAAAUGA